AUGCUAUACCUGACAGAUAGGAGCAAAGACGUAUUCGCCGUCACGAUCGUGAUGUUGUGCUUAUCCCUGGUUUCAGUCGGUCUUCGAUGCUUCGUCCGUUUGAGACUGAUCAAGGCCUUUGCAUGGGACGAUGGCGUGAUGGUAUUGGCAGUGGGACUGAACAUUGCCCUGUCUAUAUCUUCCUUGAUCGGGGUGGGAUACGGCAUUGGGAAGAAGAAUAAAGACAUAUCUCCUGCAGACAUUCCCAAAGCACUAUUGUGCUUCUGGCUGUGCGAGGUGAUAUAUAUAUUAACAUGCAUGGCAGGGAAGAUAUCAAUAGCCAUGACAAUACUGCGAGUCACGGUCGAAAGAUCGCACAGAAUCAUUCUGUUCCUAGCUAUUAUAGUCACCCUCGCCAUCGGACUUAUGACAUGGUUUAUUAUACUCCUGCAAUGUCUCCCCGUUUCUCAUUUCUGGAAUCCGGGGGGAGGUGGGAGCUGUCUAGAUGUUAACGUCAUUACCUCCACUGCAUAUGUAUACAGCGUCUUUACCGCAGCAUGUGAUUUUACCCUUGGCAUUCUACCGAUUGCGAUCGUUUGGAACCUGCGAAAGAGUCUGCAGACCAAGAUUGCUGUAGCGGCUCUCUUAGGCCUAGGCUGCUUGGCGAGCACUGCGGUCUUAAUUCGCAUUCCAUUCGUCCCUGAAUUCAAGAGCGCCGACUUAUUGUAUGGUGCUACUCAGAUAUUGCUGCUGUCUGUGAUUGAAACGGGCAUUGGCAUCACAGCAGCAAGCCUCACGACCCUGCGACCGUUGUUUCGCCCAUUCCGCGAUGAAAGUCCAAGCAAUUCUCAAACUAGUACGAACAUAAACAUAUGCAGAACACUUUGGCCGGGGCUCUUGUUUGGUCCUCGUAUUGACCGUAAAACCCCGGACGCCACUGCAAUAUCUGCCGAACAGCAGGAAAAUGACUGCAUAUCAGAUCGACGCGACUCGCCGAAUUGGACAAGUGCGAAUGAUGUAGAUAUGGGCAUAUUGUUUGAGAGAUGGUGGACUCCGAACGGUGUAUAG